AUGGGACAGGGUCGGCCGCGUGCGAACAAAUGCGACGGCUGCCGUCGUCGGCAUCUGAAGUGUGAUUUGCUACAGCCUACUUGCAAGCCCUGUCUCAGGCAUGGCUUCUCCUGCGAACGUUCCUUGGACUCGAUGUUCGUGCCAUAUUGGCCGAAGAAGAACAACAAGACCUCAUCGCAAGAUUCAGAAUAUGCUUGGCCUCGCAAGACCUCCGCACCUCAAUCCUCCACGGCACUUGCUCCCGUCACGGGCGAAUCACUCUGGUUCGCGCAUCUCUACGCCAUGGUCUCUUCCGGCACGGAAUCAGUGCUUGAGACAUGGAUCGGAUUUCGAGCAACCUCGUACGAGGCAGACAGCCUAGCUAGAGAGUCCUUCGUGGCACUGGCCUGUUCGUUCUUCGGCCGGUCAAAGAACUCGCUCGACCUCUUGCAGUGGGGGAACAGUCAAUAUCUGCAUUGCUUGCGGAAAGUCAAUAUUCAACUAGACGAUCGUGAGACACGCACGAGUCCUCAGGCUCUCUUGACCGUGGCCAUCUUGGGCUAUUACGAGGCCCUGCUCCUGACUGCCCCAUCUGCGUGGGUGCGACAUUAUACUGGAUUGGCCCAGUUGAUGCAGAUGGCCGGCCCGGAAGCCUGCAAAGACGGCGUCGUCUUCGACACCUUGCGCCAAAGUCGGUUCAUGAUGAUCCUUGCGGCGAUGGCUACUCAGUCCGAUACUUUCCUGUCGACACCGGAAUGGAAAACGGUGCCCUGGGAGAUCCAAAACGCCCCCAAAGGCAGCAUGCACGAGAUGCUGGACACCGUCGCAGAUCUGCCUGGUCUGAAGACGGGUGUACAGUCCGAGAGUGCAGAGAAUUCUCGCGCGAUCCUCCGCCGCCUUGACGAAUGGCGCAGCACCUGGAACGACUCUAUGGAUUCGGAUCUGGGUCUAUCAGACUCGUCUGGUCCCGACUAUCCCUCUACUCGGCAGGGCCCCAUCACCUCCUCGAACCUCCUGACCGCGAAUUGUUUCUGCAUUUACAACGCCGCCGUGAUCAUGGCUGCGGGUCAUGCUCUGAGGACUUCUCGGGCGAAAGACUUGCAGCCUGGCGAUGCAAGCGUUCUAUUCCAUCAAAUGCACGAGGCCGCGGUUGGGAUCUGUCGAGCCCUUGACUAUCACUUUCAGUCGAGCGCGGGCACCUCUGGAGGGCUUUUCAUCCUCUGGCCGUUGCGUAUGGCUGCCAAAGUCCUCAGAGGCGGGUCACCGCAGGAGAAGCUGUGGUUAGAAAAGCGGAUGGGGACAGUGAUGCAGAGUAAGGGGGUGUGGGAUAUUCGCCGGGAAGUGUUCCAUGAAUUUCAUGGGACGUGA